GGAAGUCUUCGUAGCUGCUUUGUAGUUGCAGAACUCUAGAAGCAGUAGUCCUUGCCUCCUUGCGCCUUCUCUGAGAAGCCAGAAUAAUGAACAAGCGAACACCGUAGAGACCAGAGAAAAAGAUCGAAGAAGAAGCCUAAUCUUCUCUCUCAAGAUAUAUCUGUCUGUCUUCCAACUAUCUCGCUCGAGUCUUGCCCAUUGAUGCCGUCUUCAACUGCUUCGCCAUUAAAGCAUUCACGCCGUCUCGCACGAGAAAUCUCACGGAAAAGUUGCAGAAAAGGUCAUCCCCUCCACUUUAUAACCCCUGUAGUCCCUUUGCGCCAAUCUAGACCUUCCAGGUUUCCCGAAAUCUCUUCUCUCCAAGCUUCUGUAGGAGUUGGAGAUGAUGCAGAACAGUGAUAGACCACCUCUGUUCUCCGUUAUCCAUUUCUUAGUUUCGCUGUACAUUCCGUUAUGCGCAUUUGCCAUAUUGGAUCCUCUUGAUUUUUUAGCCUUGCAGUCAAUUCGGAAAUCCCUAGAUGACAUGCCAGGCUCCAGUUUUUUCUCCUCGUGGGACUUCACUUCCGACCCCUGCACCUUCGCCGGCGUGCUCUGUCAAGACGACAAGGUAAUCGCUUUAAAUCUCGGCGAUCCCAGAGCCGGUUCUCCUGGCCUGACCGGGCGUCUCGAUCCUGCAAUUGGUAAACUUUCAGCAUUAGCCGAUCUCUCCGUAGUUCCUGGUAGAAUCAUCGGCACUCUUCCACAAACACUAUCUCAGUUGAAGGACCUCCGGUUCCUCGCCAUCAGCCGGAACUUCCUUUCAGGCGAGAUUCCGGCUAAUCUCGCCGAACUCGGAGGCCUUCAAACUCUCGAUCUUAGCUACAACCAACUCACCGGCUCGAUUCCACCAUCAAUCGGAACUCUACCUGCGUUAUCCAAUGUCAUUCUCUGUCACAAUCGUCUCUCUGGUUCGGUCCCUCCGUUCUUAUCGCAAUCCCUAAUGCGUCUCGACCUCAAACACAAUGAUCUCUCCGGCACUCUCUCGCCUACGUCUCUGCCUCCGUCGCUUCAGUACCUCGCACUAUCUUACAACGGACUUACCGGGCCGGUGGACAGGCUACUAUCCCGGCUUAACCGCUUGAACUACCUGGACCUGAGCAUGAACCAAUUCACAGGCAUCAUCCCGGGCAAUCUAUUCACAUUCCCGAUCACGAACCUUCAGUUACAGAGGAACGUGUUCACCGGUCCGGUACUUCCAUUGGAUCAGGUAACAAUCCCGACCAUUGAUCUCAGCUACAACCGACUGUCCGGGGAAAUAUCGCCUCUGUUCUCGACCGUCCAGAAUUUGUAUCUGAACAACAACAAAUUUACGGGACUAGUCCCGGGCAGCUUCGUUGAUAGGCUAUUGGCUGCGGGCAUACAGGUACUCUAUCUACAGCACAAUUACCUGACGGGAAUCCAGAUUAAUCCGGCGGUCGAGAUUCCGGUGAGCAGUUCACUCUGUUUGCAGUAUAAUUGCAUGGUCCCGCCAGUGCAGACGCCUUGCCCGCUGAAAGCAGGUAACCAGAAGACGAGGCCGACAUCGCAGUGUAUCGAGUGGAGAGGUUAAUGAAUUAAACUAACCGUCAGAGCAGAGGAGAAAGAAGAGUUGCCGAUAUUCAUUAAGUUAAAAACUGAUUUCUUUUUUCUGUUAAAUGUUCUUCUUUGCGAGAACUUUGAUUCAUUAAUUUGCAAUUUUUUUUUUCUCUUGUAUUUGGCGAUGAUAAAUAUGAGUGGGAAGGUGAUGAAAUAAGUGGCUGUUACUCUGUAGAUAUGAAUUGGCCGCGAUAGGUGGAAUUCAUGUCGUCUGAGCGAAUUCAUUUUGUAAACUCUGGUUUCAUUUAGAUUUGAAAGGAUUCCAUCUAUUGAAUUAUUGUGUUAUAAUUCCAAAUGUUUUGCUUCUAGUUA